AUGAAAGGUUCCAAUUCUGAUAAUACGAGUGAAGAAGAAUUUUGCACAUUUGUAAGUGGACUCCCAAGGGAGAAAUGGUGGGAAAUUAGUAUUGCUAAGUGGGAAGGCUACUGGUACAAAAAUGACUACAUAAAAGCAGCCAUGGCAGCUCAAUCAGGGUUCUUGGUUCGUGAUGAUGAUGUGAUUCUUGCUUCAUCCAUGAAGACAGGUACCACUUGGCUCAAAGCUCUAAUUCCCUGCAUCAUGGCCCAUAACAGAAGUACCGUAGAUGAUAUUAAUACUGAUCCUUUACUAACAAAUCAUCCUAACCAACUUAUGCCUUCUAUUGAAAUUUCAAUAUUUAGCCCAAAGAACCUGAAUUCCAAAGUCUUUAACGUUGACGAAAUGGCUUCACCUAGGCUCUUUAGGACUCACCUUCCUUAUUCUAAGCUCCCAGAGACUAUCAAAUCGUCUAGUUCCAGCUGCAAAUUAGUAUACAUCACCCGUGAUCCUAAAGACCAUUGCGAAAAUACACCCUAUCAGAUGAGAUGCAACAACGCCUUGAUCAGAUUACAGGCCAAAAAUUUGAAGGCACCGGCUUGGAUCUUUAAUGAAGUCUCUUUCUUAUUUAGUAAUUGUUUCCAAGUUAUUUAUGUUGGUAAUAGAGGUAAAACCAGUAUAAUGUAA